AUGACACGAGCGAUUUUAAAAUGUAGUGCUGCGGUGAAGGACGAUGAAGAGUUCACCAAGACAACAAUAACGACAACAACAAUAGACGCUAUAGAUGGGCCACGCGGUGAGCGGCAGUGGUUGGGUAGACGGAAGACAGAGGGUAGGAGGGCGGAUGUAUGUGCAUGCAUGGGUGGGUGGGUGGUGGCGAUGAUGUUGGAGAUGCUGAUGGGAAAGGUGAAGGUGCAAAUGGAUGCGCAUUGGCUGCGCAACGUUACUGAAUGUCCUUGGCCUAUUACCAUGCGCUACGAGACUUAUGCUAUUGCUGUUGGUGGUCCAUACUGGAUUAUAAAUCCUUUGCCAUACUAG